UCGGCGCCGGCCAGCGGCAGGGCUGCAACUUGCCUGGGACGGCGGAGACGGAUCCGCGGGGCCCGGCCCGGCCCGGCCCGGCCCGGCCUGUGGGAAGAGGGGGACGGCCGUUGGCACGGAGGUCCCCCGCGGUGAGGACCGGGGGCUGACGAGGCUGCCGGGAUCCGAGGGGAUGCGAGUUGCGGGCCGGCCCCGCCGCGGCGUGGCGCGGGGGAGGCUGGGCCGGGCCCCGCGGCGCUGAGGAGCUGGAGCCCCGCCGGCCCGGAGCCGCCCGGGAUGGAUCAUUUCUGUCAGCAGGUGCAGCAGAAGGACGUGGGCCGCAGGCUGCAGGUCGGGCAGGAGCUGCUGGAGUACGUGCGCGACCCCGCGGCGUCCCCGGACGUGGAGCAGGACCCGCAGCGGCUCGACAAAGUGAUCGAUGAGCUGGCGGCAUGGGUCAACUCCAGCAACUUCAAGGUGUCGUUACUGGGAUUAGAUGUUUUAGGUGCCUUUGUCAAUAGACUAUCAGGACGCUUUAAAUCCUAUAUAGGAACUGUUCUCCUGCCUUUGAUAGAUCGCUUGGGAGAUGCCAAAGACCAAGUUCGAGAGCAAGCACAGAAUCUCAUACUGAAAUUGAUGGAUGAGGCAGCUACACCCAUGCAGGGACCAAAACAGAGAAGUCUUUCCUGUGCCUCCAACACUGAAAUACAGAGUUUUAGGCUUCCUUUGCUGCAUCCCUUUGGAAGAGCUGGGUGGAAUCUUUUUUUGGGGAUAAGAAUUUACAUUUGGGAACGCCUUGCUGUUGGUUUUAAACACAAGAAUUACCGAUCCCGAGAAGGAGUGUGCUUGUGUCUUAUUGCAACCUUAAACAUUUAUGGUGCACAAUCAUUAAGCCUCAGCAAGUUAGUACCGCAUCUGUGUGCAGCGUUUAGUGACUCGAAUAGCCAGGUGAGAGAUGCUGCCAUACAAGCCAUUGUAGAGAUUUAUAGACAUGUGGGAGAGAAAGUACAAAUAGAUCUAACUAAGAGAGGAAUUCCCCCUGGAAGGUUGCAAACAAUCUUUACAAAAUUUGAUGAAAUAAGAAACUCUGGAAGUAUGAUUUUAAGUAGCAUCAGUGACAAAAGCUUUGAUGAUGAAGAGUCAGUGGAUGGAAAUAGGCCAUCAUCAGCUGCUUCAGCCUUUAAGGUUCCUGCACCUAAAAAGCCAGGAAAUCCUUCCAACAGUACAAGAAAGCCGGGUUCGGCUGGUGGGCCUAAGGUUGGAGGUUCCUCUAAAGAAGGAGGAGCUGGAGCUGUUGAUGAAGAUGAUUUUAUUAAGGCAUUUACAGAUGUUCCUACUGUACAGAUCUAUUCUAGUCGAGAACUUGAAGAAACGUUAAACAAAAUCAGGGAAAUCCUCUCAGAUGACAAACAUGAUUGGGAUCAACGAACUAAUGCGCUCAAGAAAGUUCGGUCCUUGCUUGUUGCUGGAGCUGCACAGUAUGAUGGAUUUUUCCAGCACUUACGGUUGUUGGAUGGUGCGUUCAAGCUGUCAGCCAAGGAUCUUAGAUCCCAGGUGGUUAGAGAAGCAUGCAUUACUGUAGCCCAUCUUUCAACUGUUUUGGGAAACAAGUUUGAUCAUGGCGCUGAAGCUAUUGUGCCUACUCUUUUUAAUCUGGUUCCCAACAGUGCCAAAGUGAUGGCAACGUCGGGGUGUGCAGCCAUUAGGUUCAUUAUUCGGCAUACCCAUGUGCCCCGACUCAUACCUUUAAUAACAAGCAACUGUACUUCAAAAUCAGUUGCAGUUAGAAGGCGUUCCUUUGAAUUCUUAGACCUGUUGUUACAAGAGUGGCAAACACAUUCCUUGGAAAGGCAUGCUGCAGUCUUAGUUGAAACAAUCAAGAAGGGCAUUCACGAUGCUGAUGCAGAAGCAAGAGUGGAGGCAAGAAAGGCUUACCUGGGUCUUAGAAAUCACUUUCCUAGUGAAGCUGAGACUCUAUACAACUCUCUUGAACCACCUUAUCAGAGAAGCCUCCAGACCUACUUGAAGAAUUCUGGCAGUAUAGCAUCUCUCCCUCAGUCAGACAGGUCAUCCUCCAGCUCACAGGAGAGCCUCAAUCGUCCUCUAUCUUCUAAGUGGUCUGCAGCCAGCCCAGCAAGCCUUGCAGGCAGAGUUUCAGGCAGCAGCAAAAGUGUUCCAAGCCCAGGAACCCUGCAGAGGUCUCGCAGUGACAUUGAUGUUAAUGCUGCCGCAGGUGCAAAGGCUCGCCAUGCUGCUGUACAGACAGCUGGAGCUGGGCGCUUGUCAGCAGCUGGUCUACCUCCAGGAUCUUACGCUUCACUAGAGGAUACUUCUGACAAGAUGGAUGGAACAGCUUCUGAAGAUGGUCGUGUACGAACAAAGCUUUCAACACCUUCUGUUGGUAUUGGAAACUCUAAAACAGAUUCCAGAGGACGGAGUAGAACCAAAGUUGUCUCUCAGUCUCAGCGUUCUUCAUCGCCAGAGAAAAAUGAAGGAUCACAGUCUGCUAACCCCAUUGGUGCUGGCAGUAGAUCUGGAUCUCCUGGAAGAGUUUUGACAACAACCACGCUUUCUACUAUGAACACAGGGGUUCAGAGAGUGUUAGUGAAUCCUGCAACUGCACAAAAACGAAGCAAAAUCCCACGAAGUCAGGGAUGCAGUAGAGAAGCUAGUCCUUCUAGAUUGUCAGUAGCACGAGGCAGCCGCAUUCCUCGGCCUAGUGUGAGUCAGGGGUGCAGUCGGGAGGCCAGCCGUGAAAGUAGCAGGGACACAAGCCCUGUCCGCUCUUUUCCACCCCUUGCUUCCAGACAUCAUUCCAGAUCCACUGGUGCCCUCUACACUCCUGAUGUUUAUGGGGCUACAGGUACCAGCUUUGGAAUUAGUCAGUCGAGUAGAUUGUCGUCAUCAGUUAGUGCUAUGCGAGUUCUGAACACAGGUUCUGAUGUGGAAGAGGCAGUAGCAGAUGCCUUGCUCUUAGGAGACAUACGGACUAAGAAGAAGCCUGUGCGAAGAAGAUAUGAGUCUUACGGGAUGUACUCAGAUGAUGAUGCCAACAGUGAUGCAUCAAGUGCCUGUUCAGAAAGGUCCUACAGCUCUAGGAAUGGAAGCAUACCAACAUAUAUGAGACAGACAGAAGAUGUGGCUGAAGUCCUAAAUCGCUGUGCUAGCUCCAACUGGUCAGAGAGAAAAGAAGGCCUUCUGGGCCUGCAAAAUUUAUUAAAGAACCAGAGAACUUUAAGCCGUGUUGAGUUGAAAAGGCUGUGUGAAAUCUUCACAAGAAUGUUUGCUGAUCCUCACAGUAAGGUGUUCAGUAUGUUUUUGGAGACACUGGUGGAUUUUAUUCAAGUCCAUAAAGAAGAUCUGCAGGACUGGCUAUUUGUACUGCUAACGCAGCUAUUGAAGAAAAUGGGUGCUGAUUUGCUUGGGUCUGUACAAGCAAAAGUUCAGAAGGCACUUGAUGUCACAAGGGAAUCUUUUCCAAAUGAUCUUCAGUUCAGUAUUUUAAUGAGAUUUACUGUUGACCAGACCCAAACGCCUAGUUUGAAGACAGUCAAGCCAGCACUACAGGACCAGCUUCGCUCUUUUUGGAGCUCAAAGGUCAAAGUUGCAAUCCUUAAAUAUAUAGAGACUCUUGCACAACAGAUGGAUCCAGGAGACUUUGUAAAUUCAAGUGAAACUAGGUUAGCAGUGUCUCGAAUCAUCACCUGGACCACAGAACCUAAAAGCUCAGAUGUUAGGAAGGCUGCACAGUCAGUGCUGAUUUCCCUUUUUGAACUCAAUACUCCAGAGUUUACAAUGCUAUUGGGUGCUUUACCAAAAACAUUUCAGGAUGGAGCCACGAAGCUUCUCCAUAAUCAUCUCCGGAAUACAGGCAACAGUGGUCAGGGAUCAAUGGGGAGUCCUUUAACAAGACCUACUCCACGCUCCCCAGCAUGCUGGUCAAGUCCUCUCACUUCCCCAACCAAUACAUCACAGAACACUUUGUCACCAAGUGCAUUUGACUAUGAUACGGAAAAUAUGAAUUCUGAAGAUAUUUACAGCUCUCUUCGUGGAGUCACUGAAGCCAUUCAGAAUUUCAGUUUCCGUAGUCAAGAAGAUAUGAAUGAGCCUGUAAAACGAGAUUCAAAAAAAGAUGAUGUUGAUUCAAUCUGCAGUGCUUCUGGAAUAGUAGACUUACGAGCAGGAAGUGGUGUGAGUGAUACAGGCCGAACAGCUCUUGAUAACAAAACAUCAUUACUCAACACAAUGCCUCCUAACUCUUCACCACGUUCAAGAGAUUAUAACCCAUAUAAUUAUUCUGAUAGUAUCGGUUCAUUUAAUAAAUCUGCUUUGAAGGAAGCCAUGUUUGAUGAUGAUGCAGAGCAAUUUCCUGAUGAGCCUCCCAUGGAUCAUUCUGAUCUGGUUGCAGAGUUACUAAAAGAAUUAUCAAACCAUAAUGAGAGAGUUGAGGAAAGAAAGACUGCCCUCUAUGAGCUCAUGAAGUUAACUCAAGAAGAGUCUUUUGGUGUUUGGGAUGAGCACUUCAAAACAAUACUGCUUUUGCUACUUGAAACACUUGGAGACAAAGAGUAUGCAAUUAGAGCUUUGGCAUUGAAAGUUCUAAGAGAAAUUCUAAGAAACCAGCCAGCAAGGUUUAAGAAUUAUGCAGAGCUCACAAUAAUGAAGACAUUAGAAGCUCAUAAGGACCCCCAUAAGGAGGUGGUGAGAUCUGCUGAAGAAGCUGCUUCCAUGCUGGCUACUUCCAUUAGCCCAGAUCAGUGCAUCAAAGUUCUUUGUCCAAUUAUCCAAACAGCAGAUUACCCCAUUAAUCUGGCUGCAAUCAAAAUGCAGACGAAAGUCAUUGAGAGAGUAUCUAAAGAAACUCUUACUCAGCUUUUACCAGAGAUUGUGCCAGGUCUAAUACAGGGCUAUGAUAAUUCAGAGAGCAGUGUUCGUAAGGCAUGUGUUUUCUGCCUUGUUGCCAUUCAUGCAGUAAUUGGUGAUGAACUAAAACCACAUCUCAGUCAACUCACUGGCAGUAAAAUGAAAUUACUGAACCUUUACAUCAAGCGUGCACAAACAGGCUCUGGACCAGGGGAUGCAACAGCAGAUAUGUCUGGACAAAGCUAAUGAAGCUGACAGGAGUUAACCGGGUCUCUUAAAGCAAGGGCCAGACCCUCUUCAAUUGCAAGGAAAAUUCUUACACACAACAUUUGGAACUUGUCUUUUUUUCUCAUUUUCCUCCUUUUUUUUUUUUUCUUUAACCAUUGGCUGUCUUCAGCCUGCAUGUGACUGUUGCAAUAGAAUUAUUCCAAAUCCAAGGAAAAAACAGUAUUAACAUAAGUUGAUCAAAGCAAAAUAAAAUUUAUAAAUAAUCUAAUCUAUCAUUUAUCCUGUUCACAAUCCUCUGUGUCUUCCCAUUAACUUUUGCCAGUGUUACUGUAUUAAAAACAUUUUUUACCCUAAUUAAACAGGUAUGCUUUAAGCUUCAGAAGUUAAAAUAUAAGUUCCGUUGCUUUUACGCAGCUGCAGAUAACAUUGUUUUUAUUUCUGUUUUGUUUGAGUAUCAUGUCCUUCACUGGAAACAACAAGUGAUGUGAAACAAGGCAGAACUAGUCUGAAAUGCAGUGAGACUCGGUCACUGUUGGUGGUUCAUCAUCUUAUUUACAGCUUGUUCAGGAUAUUCUGGAGAUUGAGAAAUACGCCUAUAAAAAAGCUGGCUUGAUCCAGUUCUGUAAAAAGU